UUGACAACUCUCAUACUCUCAACUCUCAUGGAUUGAAGUAUUCGGUUUUGACAGAAGUUCUCAGUCUCAGCUCAUACUGGUUCUGAAUUUCAGAUGCCAGCAUGGCUGAUAGGGUUGUAUCGCGAGAAGUGUUAACAGUUUUUUUCUUGUGUCUAUUGUGGUAUUUUGUAAGCUCAAGCAACAAUGUUGUCGGCAAGAUGUUACUCAAUGAAUUCCCAUAUCCGAUGACGAUGACCAUGGUCCAACUGCUGUCCAUAACAGCUUAUUCUGGACCAUUUUUCAAUAUGUGGGGUGUUAGAAAGUUUGUAGAUAUUAGCUGGAAGUAUUACUUAAAAUUAAUCGUACCCCUAGCCCUAGGAAAAUUCAUUGCAUCUGUGUUCACACACGUUAGCAUCCUCAAAGUUCCUGUAUCGUAUGCACAUACGGUAAAAGCCACAAUGCCCCUCUUCUCCGUCAUUUUGUCAAGAGUCAUUCUUGGAGAAAAACAGACUUUACCAGUUUAUCUAUCCUUGGUACCAAUCAUAACAGGUGUCGCAAUUGCUACUGCCACUGAGCUCUCCUUUGAUUUGAUGGGGCUUGUGUGUGCAUUGGCUGCCACCCUUCAACAUACUCUUCAAAAUAUCUAUUCCAAAAAGGUCUUACAUGACACAGGUGUCCAUCAUCUCAGGUUAUUACACAUAUUAGGAAGACUCGCUCUUAUUCUUUUCACGCCUGUUUGGUUUUAUUUUGACUUCAGAGAAGUUUUCCGAAACUCGAUCUUGGUAACUGGAGAAGGUUAUCACAUCAUCAUGUUACUCUUUGCUGAUGGUGUACUAAGCUGGCUCCAGAACAUUUUGGCAUUCAGCGUAAUGUCAAUGGUCACAUCACUAACUUACGCAGUUGCUAGUGCUUCCAAACGAAUUUUUAUUAUAGCCAUGUCACUGCUCAUUCUUGGUAACCCUGUCACGGGCACCAAUAUUUUCGGCAUGGCUCUUGCAAUAUUAGGGGUUCUUCUUUACAAUAAGGCCAAGUAUGACGCACGGGAAGCAGAAAAGAAACGGACAAUUCUACCUUUCUCUUCAACAAACCACAAUCAUAUAGAUUAUCAAAACCAGUUCUAUGAUCGGUUUGUUGUGAACAAGCCAUUAAUCAAUGGAGCGUUUAACAACAACACUAAUAAAUUGAUCGCGCAGUUUGUAUGACAACUUCUCCCGUCCGCUCUAUUCUCAUGUUAAAGGGACCCUGCACCAUGAAAAUGACUGCAGUCAAGUUUCUGUGGUUCCCUGUAAUUAUAUUGCUUAUGAGGCAAAGUCUGGAGUGUUUUGAAAGUCAUGAUCUCCAUGUAAGUUGUUGGUUUUUAACAUAUUGUUAGUUUGGUUUUCAAGACUGAUUGCUACUGAUUACUGAUUGUUUUAAACGAGUGGAUAAGUGUAUGUUUUUUCUCUCCAAUUCUAGCAUUGACCAGGCGUAAAAUUUUCAGCUUGUCAUUGGGAAGAACGUUAAUACCUUAAUGAGGAAGAGUUCGAAAAACUUAAAAAAUCAACUCCUGGGACUCUCUUAAAGAAAUGAAUGGAGACUUAGUGCCACCCGUGCUCUCACCUGGAAUGAAAAAUAAAUAUCUAUACUGAAAUUCUCAAAAUAUUGGACAUUUUUCAGGAAGUAACUACAUAGUUGUGCAUCUUGCCACUGUCCAUGUUUUUGAGGAUCUCCAUAGAAGGAUAUCUCGAUUAAGACCGUAGGAGUGCUAACUAUCAUUAUCCACUAAUUUAUUGAAAUGAGCCUCAAGAAUAGGUUUUUAAAGUUUUAUACUUCGAUUUUUCUAAUUUUUUCUACGUUUAAAAAAAAAAAAAAACAAAACCAUCUACCAUCUAAAAUGAAUGACAAAAUUUUAGGCACAGCCUAUCGCUGGAAUUGGUGAAAGUUCUCAGCCAAUCAGAAGAGACCUCUUCUUGGUCAUGAAAAUAACAUGAGCUUUGCAACUCAUUAUUGAAAUUAUGGCUCUAGUUUUUUUCCCCUUUCUGUUGGUAUUUCAGAGAAUGUUCUAAGUUAAACACGAGACACAUUUCCUGCAUAGUCUCAUUUUAUUCAAACAAGUGUCAGUACCUUCGAGCUAUACAAAUUUUGAGUACAUCUUUCUCUCUCAAUGUUACUCACUUGCAGGUUUUUAACAAUUGUUUUAUCGCCCUGCUAUUACUCUCAAUAUAAAACAAAAUUUUUAAUAGUCAUUGAAAACACUACGGAGAAGUUUAAAAUAUGGUUGACACUAUGUCAUAGUUGGACUGUGAAAAAAUUUAGUUUAUUCCGUCUUUUUUAACCAAACUUACAUCGGCCACCAUGAUUCUAUGAGUAGAACUGAGAGUCUUUGAAAGCAUCGCAACAUCAACGCAUUCAAAUCUCAUAUUCCUUCAUCAUGUAUGUUGUGCUCUAAAGUCUUAUCAGUUGCUGUACUGUUCUUUUCUCCUGUACGAAGGUAGGACAGUAAUAUAGUAUAAAGUGAGUUAGAAUGGUUUUGCAGGGAAAUUUCACACACAAAAAAAAUGCUUAUAUUUUGUUGCUUUUCUCUUACAGCACAAUAAAACUUCCUUUUUAAUUGAAACCUCUUGAACGCUACUUAAAAAUUUGAAGAACUCACAAUCGCCCAUUUCUUGGUCAAGUUUCGGUAAAAUUUAAUUUUUGGCUGCUCUCAGAGCUGAGGUAUGAAAUUUCGUCCUUCUUAGGUAUAAAUGUUUCCUGGUAAAAGUUUAGAGGGACUGUAAGAGUUUUUUGAAUGUAGAUGCUGGAAAUGGUCUAAUUUCAGAAUAUCGAUUAUAUUUUUAGGUCCAUGUAAAUGAAACUUCUGAUCAGUGACGUAACAUUUUCAAGCAUGAACCAAUGUUGUGGCAACAACAACAAAACAUUUCCCAUGAAAAGUUUUUGCAUCAAGUUUGGAUUUCAGGAGUAGGGGAUGGGGGGUUCUACCGCUUCUUGACACUCACAUUUAUUAUGUUUGCAUUCGAAUUUUUAGUUCUUUUUUCUAAAAAAAAAAGAAAAAGGGAAAUGAAAACUUUCAUUGGUAAAAUGUUUAGUAGAUAUGAGUUAAUACAAUGCAAGCGUGAGGAAUAAAAAAUAAAAUUAGAUUUUUCAAAUUAGAUAUCUUUCUGUGUUUCUAUGAAACUCCUUUAUUGGUCACACGGUGCUAUUCCAUAACCGCAGUAAAUGUCAUUGUUUGAACAGACUUAAUGAAUAUAUAGUUAUUAUGCCUUAUGAUCCUGCUUAUUAUAUCAAAAUCGAAUGGAUGAUUUUGAAUAGGGGAAAAAAAUAUGUGUGAAUAACACUGAAAACUAGUGGAUGAAAAUUGGUAAAUUUGCUCCAUCUGAAACCUAAAAUGUUUUCUUCUAACCACCAUUAUAGGCCUUUCCAAGGUAGAAAAAUUCUUCAUAUCAUGCCUAUAUUUUGCCGCCUGAACGUCAUUCUGAAAAUUUAAUAAAUCAAUGUCCACCACAGUUUUGGCAGUCAACAUUUUAUCAGAGAAAAAAUUAGAUAGUAUACUAUAAAGGUAUGACCUUUUUCCCUCGGAUGGCAGUAGGUAUUUUAUCUAGCUUUUUCUAGGCUUAUUGAUGGAUCAUUUUCUGUUGCAUGUAACUGUUCAUUCAUGCACAAUUUGUAUAGAGAAAUUUAGUUGUUAGUGUUUUCUCAUGUAACAGCAGAUGCAAUAUCGAGGGUUAAGGAAUAACACCACCUAACUGACAAUUUUGGUGAAAAUGUGACAGCAACUUUGCUGCAUUCUACUGUAUGAAAGACGCAAGCUGACGUUUUAGUUUUAUAGACGCUCUAUUGUACAAAAAAAAUCGCAAAUCUAACCUGAAAAUUACAAAAAUGGAGAAGUUUCUUCUUCAUACUGUAAAUCGUUAGUUUGCAGAUAGGUGGUAUCAUCCCUUAGCCAAUGAUAUCUAGACUAGGAUAUUAAACAUUUUUCACUAGAUUAAGAGUAUGGAGGUAUUGCAAGUUUGUAUCAUCUCAAGAGUCUUAAAUAAGUUUUUAGAAAUCAUGUUAGUGAGAUGUUGAAGUUUUUGAUCAGAAGAUGUGAAAGGAAAACCUUGUUUUUGUUUUUGUUUAUAUACGUUGACCGAGGGUAGAUCAAAGAUAUUGCAUGAACGAUAAAAUGACUCAUCUCCGAGUUGAGGCUGUGAUUCAUGUUUAUGUGGUAUCGAAGCUGAUAAAAAAGUUUUGUGAUAGCUAAUUGAUUGCCACAUUGUUCUAGCAACAAUACUAGUUUAAUAGUCGACAUUCAUUGUUCAAACUUGUUAUUAAUUGUAAAUAAGUAUGUAUUUUUAAGGUUUUCUAAUGAAUAGUUCAAUGCCUCCUACAAAGAGGCUCUAAUCAUCAGUUUUCUGACCCUUUUUGAUGCUUAUUUUUUGUUAUAAAAGUAUACGUUAUGUGAUUCGUUUUUUUUUUUUCUGUGACUGAUUAGCAAAAGGAUGUCAUAGUAUCGCUGCCUUUGAUAUUUUUGGGACAGAUUUUACAAAUGUUCAGAAUUCAAACAAACAAAUGGAUAGCAAGGAUAAACUCAUGUUUCUUUGGCUGCAAGUGCUUGUAAGAAGUUUUGAGAAGCUAUUUUGUAAUAUAACUGUAUUCUUUGCUGAAACAAAGCACUGUCGUCUAAGCAAAAGCUCUGCGUAAGAGAAAAAUUGUGAUUUUUUUUUUUGAUUUAGUCAUAGUGACGAUCUUAUCAUCAUAUGACCAUAUUGUCAUGUAUUCAUAAACUCUGAGGGGCAUGUGUUCUUUAUCCUAUGCCUAACUUGAGUUGUUUUAUUUGCUAUCAUUUUAGUGUAACCAUCAGCUCCUCGCUCCUGUUCAUAUCACUGAAAAUUUUAUACGAGGAAUGAAAGAAUGGCCUUUUUCCUAUUAGACUAGUUAAUAAAUAAUAAAUGACAAAACGUUAAAGAAAAAAAAUCUUUGCUCAGGCGUUAUUAAGUAAAUCCUGAAAAUGAAGCUCUCAUCAGUUGCAUUUUCUACUUUGUCCCAAAAAUAUUUUGUUGCACAUAACAAGAUUCUUUUAUCUCAUCUAGGAGCAAGUAUUUUAUUGACACAUCGUUUCCUAUAAUUGGGUUUUGUAAAUAAUAGUAUUGGACUUUUCAUAAUUCGAAUGAUCUAUUACAUCAUUACUGUAAGUCAUCAUACUCAUGAAAUCAAAAGCAGCUGUAACUAAUGUUUUGGCCAAAAUAAUUAAGAAAAUCAAUUGCACUCUUCGAGUGACAGAAAUAGUAUUAUGAAUCGCACCAUUAAUUUUUCAACUGUUGUAAGUGCUGACAUUUUUAAGAAUGGAUCUUAAAUGAACCAGGUAGAAAGAGAAUCAAAGAAAAUAGGUCCAUUGUGGUAGUCGCAGAAUCAAGUUUUGAUGGAUUAAGCACACAGAUCAGCAAAAGUCAUUGUGAUCUGUCCGAAGCUAAAUUUCUACAUCUAAUAUUAAUGGAGAUAUUGCCCAUGGAAAAAACCCAUGGUGUAUGACAUAAUCCACCACACUGGUGCGUACAGUGAUUUCUUCCACCUUGGUUUCAUCCGUGUUUUACGUCCAGCAACCAGUGCAAAUUUGUAUAAACUGAUUGACAAAAUUACAGUGAAAGAAACCAGGGUAUGCACUACCGCGGUGAAUGAUGUCAUGUGCCGUGUUUUUGAUUAGCAAUAUCUCCAUUAAUACUGGACGUUGAAACUUGACGCUAGAACAGAUCUUAUCAUUUUUUGCUAGUCUACCAGUGUAAAUCAUCCAAAUACAAUUCUGCGCAACUGACCCAUUUUAUCAAAAUCAAUCAUUACUCAAUUCUCAAUUGACCUCCAAAAGAACAUACACUUCUAUAAAUACAAAGAUUGACUGUAAAUAUUUACUCUACAAUUAUUAUGUUUUAUUUUAUUUUGUAUUUUUUUUUAUUUGAGUGUAGCCUUUUUCAAUUAAAAAAUUACUGGUUCAAUUCGAUGUAUGGUAAGGUGCUGUUUUUAUUGUUUUAUGGCUUUUUAAAAAGAAAGCCAGUCAGUGUGUGCGUGUGUGUACAAAAGUGAGUAUGGUUUAAACUGAACUUGUCGCUAAAAAUUCUUAUCCAAUGAAUGUAUUUAGUCAAUACAUAUCAGGCUCUAAAAAAAGUGGUGAUACAGUAUUGAAUGAAGACAAGAGAUUUUUUAUCCGAAUUCUUUUAGCAAUAUUGAAAUUCUCAUAUCUUCAUUUUUGACCUCCAAAUUCAGCUUUGUUACCAUACUCAAAACUUUUUUGACACACUUUAUUUAUUACAAAGCCUCUUAAAGCUACGAAGAUAUUUUCAGAGGACCUGAAUAAUUGUUUCCUUGAGAUAUUCGUUAAAAUGACUUGUCUGUAAAAAUGGGUCAGUUGCGCCAGUCACAGAAUCAUACAUUGAAUAGGCUUAAAGAGCAGGGGAAAAUAUUAAUACCUCUUCAAACACGAAUUUUCUAUAUGCAAUGUAACUGAAGAUAUCCCUCAUCAAAAAAUACGGUGUAUGAUAUCAUUCGCCGCAAAAGUGGUUUCUUCCACCGUGGUUUCAUCAAUCAGUGAUACGCACUUUUGCUCCGGUUGUUCGACGUAAAACACCGAUGACAAAAAGGUGGAAGAAACCAUGGUAUACACUGCCGCAGUUGAUGAUGUCAUACAUCAUGCUUUUAAUAAGUCAUGUUUCCGUCAAUAUUAGGUUUAGAAACUUAGCAUUUUAGCAUCAGAUCCCAUCAUUUUUGCUCAUCUAUUAGCUGAAACCAUCAAAAUAUGAUUCUGUGACUGCGGCACAACUGAUCCAUUGAAUAAUAAAAUCAACCACUACGGACACUACCAUUGUUAAUUGGAGCAAAUCAUAUGAGUAUAAAUAUUUUCAAUGUUUGAUUACCCAAACUCAUUUCUAAAAAAAAUUUUGCCCUUUUUAUUUUUCGUUUUAUUUAAAACUUAUAUAUUUUCUUUGUUGUUUGAAAUUAUACUUAUUUAGUUGUCUAUUUGAUGAUCUUGUAUAAAAAUAUCAGGAAGUAGAGGAAACUUUGCAAAUUAUACUUCCUUGAGUUAUUUGCAGAAAUCUUUAAUUUGCUCUCAUUUUUCAGAGUAAAUAUAAUUUUAUGAAACAGCGCAAAA